UCUUCUGAACUCCACGAGACCUAAGUGAGAAAAGUGGGAAGAGGGAGAUUUGUAGAGAGAGAAAAGUAAAGUUUGGGCGUUGUAGGGUUUGGGAUUUUCAGGGUUCUCGUUUCAAUCUCAUCGCCAUGUCGCACUUUGGAAGAUCGGGUCCUCCUGAUAUCAGAGACACUUUCUCUCUCCUCGUCCUCAACAUCACAUUCCGUACCGCUGCUGAUGAUCUUUUCCCUCUCUUUGAUCGUUGUGGGAAGGUUGUAGAUAUUUUCAUUCCUAGGGACAAGAGGACUGGAGAGUCUCGAGGGUUUGCGUUUGUUCGUUACAAGUAUGCGGACGAGGCUCAAAUGGCAGUUGAGAGGCUCGAUGGGAGAAAUGUGGAUGGAAGGGAUAUCAUGGUGCAAUUUGCAAAGUAUGGACCCAAUGCUGAACGCAUUCAUAAGGGAAGAAUUGUAGAGGUAUUUCCAAAGUCUAGGGGCCGAUCGAGAAGCUACAGCCCGAGGCGCAGGUAUCGUGAUGACUAUGAUAGAGAUUACAGGAGGAGAAGCCGUAGCCGUGAAAGGUAUUAUGAUCGUGACAGGUAUCGUGGAAAGGAGAGAGACUAUCGCUACCGCAGCAGAAGCCGCAGUUUGAGCCCUGAUUACAAUCAUGGGCGUGGUAGAGGUAGGGAGUAUGAUAACCCAAGGAGUAGAAGCCGCUCAUAUGACAGUGCUUCUCCUGCUCGUCGUAGUUUGAGCCCUCGAAAGAGUCGCUCUCUUAGCAGGAGUCCUUCUGAUCGGAAUGAGAGUCCACGCAAGCGAAGCCCUGAGUGGUCUCCUUCGUUGGCGAGUUUAUCCCCUCGGAGAAGGCCUGCAGAUUCUCGAAGCCCUUCUCCAAAUGAUUCAACUGACGGUUAUUGAGAAGAUGCAUUAUCUUGUGUCCAGAUACUUUGUGAUCAUUUUGCCUUUGCGAUUAUCAAGGCGGACCGUAUCUACCUGAGCUUGGUAGAGCAUAAUCUUAAAGUCAAGUAUCAAUGUCCUGGCUCUUUAUUCUCUGGACCAUAAUCUUAUUGUCAAAAUGUAUCAGUGUCAUACUCGUAGUGCUAUUGCAGUCUGUUGGUGAUGGUGGUGAUAGUGAACAUUUUGCUGAUCAAGUGUGAGAAAUUAGUUGUGGGUGGGACACAUGGUCUAGCAUUCCAUGGUCGUGAAAAGAAUGAUUGUGGCUGUGAUGAGCGAGAUGAUUUCAAAUGACAAUAUUCUCAUGGGUCUCGUGAUGUCGUAGAUGAUGCUGUGUCGACUUCCUUGCGGGAGGAGUCAGAUAAGCAUCCAAAGUAUUUUCUGACCUUGCUGAUCAUAUAUAGCUCGGCACCAUGUAGAUACAAAAAGGACAUGUAGAUACAAAGAUCAUAUACAGGUUUGAUGAUGAUGCUAUGAAAUAAUCUGAUGUUCUUCUCUGAUGGGUAAGCGUAAAUGUUUUCAUUUGAUCUUGUAUUAUCUCAACCAUUUGCAUAUUGCAUAGUACUCUUUUUGGGCCUUCAACAGCACCAAAGCUCAUCAUUGACUUAGUUUUUGGUUGGGGUGGCGGAGAGAUGGUGGGAUCGUGUAUUUGACCCAUAGAUGAUGCUGUCAUUGGGCCCGAGUGUGCUUGUUAAGGUAUUUGUUUGGCCCGUAGAUGAUGCUGUCAUUGGACCGAAUUUGCUGGUGGUAUCUUUGACGUUGACUGCCCGGAAAAUUGACAUUGCGUUAGCAACCUGAGGGGUAGCUGUUAGGAUCUUCCUAGAUAACAAUUUAUAAACUGGGACGUGAUGGUCGGCUGUAGCUGAGAGCUCCAGAGUGUGGUUUGUUGGCUGAUGCUGUCCUGUGUUGUUAGUUACUUUGUCCAUAUAAGCUGAACCAUCUUACCAUCUUGGGAUUCUGGACUUCAGAUUUCAGAAUGUUAUGAAAAUAUACAAUGUCAUCUCCAUAUGAAUUUUUUUGCUAUGCUAUGUUGUAUUAAAUUUUGUUUUGUAGUAAGGUUCUUCUUGCUAGUUUGUUUUA